UCGUUUAGAACUAAACUGACAGUGGUGGAAUUUUCGUUUGCUGGGAAUGCGUAGCACGAGCGCUUGUGGCUUUCGUUUUGCCUGUUAUUAGCCCCUAUUGCCAUUCUUCCGGUGUUGACCACCCCCUGUAAUAGACCAACGCUAAGACUAAUUAGCAAGUCAUCUUGCCCACUGUCCCGCUCUCGUCGUCUUGAGUUGACUCAGCGGGCCGUACGCUCUCUGUCAUCAUGCCGCUCGUCGUCGCGAGUCACUAGUUCAGUGAAACAAGCGAUACACCGGCGAGCUGUCAUUAGCUAAUUGCCGGUCACGCCCGCUGUUGCUGUUGUCACUCUCUUGCGGUGGUGCUGUACAGUACAUGCACGCUUCGUACAGAUUUCCGUCGCGAUGCAGCCUAACCGUCGCUUCCAGCAGCCCGGACAGUAUCUUCCCUUGUUUAAUUACUCUCUGGGUGCUCGCUCGACUCGCAGAGGAAGCUUCAGAUGCAGACGCGCGUCCAGGAAGAAGUCGCGCCCGCCCAAGAAACAAUUGCUACCGUCGUCGUUCCUUUACGUUUCAGGUGAAUCAUCGGGCUAUGGGUCGGACGCUGGGAUGUCUGGAUCCGGAGACGAAGUCGGAGAACGAUCCAGAGUUGCGACCCUUCCGCCGAUUGCACCUUUUCCGACAUUGGAAACGAGGACGAGUACGGCGUCACCUCUGAUACCUGCAACUCUUUCACCGGUCAAGUUGACAACACCCAGGCAUAGUGGAAAGAGUAUCAAUGGACAGAGACCGUCACUUCACUCUUUGAGUACAUCAACGGCAUCAUCUGGAGACUCAGCUGUCGUUCUUGAUUUCUCUGCUGUAUCGAGCCAGACGUCUAUGAAAUCUAGAGAUCGUGUUGAUGGAGAGAGUCCCUCUAUGAUGACUGGAAAGACUCAUCUUGAACUUCCUGUGAUGGUGAUGAGAGCACAGAAACAGCAACAUAAGCCAGGCAGAAAGCCGAUGAAACUAGAUCCAUUAGAAGUCAGUGCACCGACUGUGAGUCCAAGUACUCCACAGUCGAACUUAUAUCUCAGUGAUACAUACAGUAAUCUGACAAAGAGAGAACUCUAUUUUCAAUUUCAAGCACCGGGUUUGUCUACGGGUUUAAAUCAGAGGUCAACGAUGAGACAACCGGCUGUCUCGUCGACUUUACCUCGAAGACUUCUUCCUGUUGGUCAUUCACCAUUGGAGAAUUCUGUAAGGCAGCAGCAGUUGCCACCAGAGCUGCAGGUGAUGAGUAGUGUGAUCCACCAGCCAUCGCUGCCCAUGGUAUCUAGUCGUGUUCAUAACCAGUUGCCGUCUGUCAAUCUUCAUGAUUCGUCUUGGCAGGAGAAUCGAAGACACGUGCAUCAUAGUAACAAAGGUCGGCUGGAAAUUCUAAGUAACCAUUCCGCCAUUCGGAAUCCCAAUCUUCACGUUGUAGGAGGUCAGCAGGUAUCCUUAUCAUUGGAUAGAGCCUUAGGCAAAGCUCCUCUUCCCAGCAUCGGAGCAAGUCAUCAGCUACUUGCCUCAUCGUCGAACCUCUGCCUGUGUCGAUCUGUCGAAGGCAGUUCUGUGGGCAUGCAGGUGUACGACACAAUUGAUCAAUCUAAUGACACAGAAGCUACUGACUAUUGUGUGACACAUCCUCGAUUGACAAGGCGUUGCUACGGCGCUGCUACUGUUUCAGCAGAGUCAUUGACGCCGAAUUCAAGUUCAGUGGACUUAACACAUUUAGCAGACGGAUCGAUACCUCAGAUAUACCUCAUAGCUCCCACACCAUGCCCUCCCACUCCGUUACCUCCCAAUCCCAACUACCAAACGGAUCGAAGACUGUAGUAUAGGUUUGUUGUUUUGUAUUGAGAGAUUUGGUUUUGUACACAGACAGUAAGCAGACAGUAAGCUGGAAGAGUUGUUGCAUAUCCCCAUGGCUCAGAUGGUGACGUUUUUUCGCGGUCACUUGUACUGGGUGUGACAUUUCGAAUAGUAAUAAUACUAAUAAUGUAUUAGGUAUAAGUUGUUAUUACAGUAAUGUAUUAUUGUUACAACUCUAGCAGCGUUUUAUCUAUUGUAAUUCGUCUGUAAUAUAUUUUACAUGAUUGACUGUUUCGCUCA